CCAUACAAUACCUUUAGGUUCCUGCUGUUUGAUGGUGACAAAAGUUCAACAUUGGUAUCCCGGUCACACAGAGGAGCCGGAUACCAGAUCGAAUACAGACCGAAAAAUAAAUAACGUUACGCACAAUGGCCCAACAUCGAUCGGUUUGGAGUUGGGUUGGUAGUGUGACUGAGGGAUCGGAACCGGGAUAGUUGGGUUCAAACAUUGGAUACCACAAGGCACUGUUUCAUGAUCGACCGUUCUCUGCAGUCAUUUUGUCACUGUUCCAGCUUCUGUCAAAAAGUUUAUACUCAGAGUUUAAAGAUGAAUAGGAUCAUGUUGAAUUGGUUUAUGCUCGUCGUCGGGCUCGUCUUCAGCGCGAGUGCGUUCCAUAACCCACUCCAUCACGAGCAUCAUGGUGAUCAUCGACGUAAUCGUUUUGGCGUUGACCAGGUCGAGCUCCAAGACAUAGUCUACGAGACUCCCGGCGACCUUCCGGGGGCCCAGUAUCAACUAGUCACAGAAUGCAAUGUGACGGGUGCGUGGUACAACAGCCUGGGUUCGGAACUCAUCAUCAACGUGGAUAGAGAGACGGGUCACGUGGUUGGGGAAUUCAGGACGGCAGUCGAGAGGCAACCUGGGGCUGCAGGAUCUGGGCCUGGCCGUGUCUCUGGCUGGACAUCAAAGGACGGAACCCACAAGGCCAUCGCCUUCUCAGUCCUCUGGAGCAACGGCGCUUCUGCCACGGCCUGGACAGGACUCUGCCACGUGUGCCAGGGUCAGGAGAUCAUGAAGACCACAUGGAUCUUGACCAGUGAGGUGGACACCUGCGAUGACCAUUGGUCAUCCAACAGGAUCGGGCAGGAUGAUUUCACUCGCAUGGAGAAGGCCCCGGGCCCCCGUCAACAUAUGGGCCUUGAUACGCCUUCAGACUUAACUGAGGCAGCCGAGGCAUUUAGAGAGGGCGUCCUCUCCCAGAAUAGACAGGGCUAUUAAAUCCACCCCAGGUCAUGUACGUCGUCAUCGCUUUUUUUAGACGUUUAAACAUCAGUGGCAUAUCCAAAGAUUCUCUUGAAGGGGUUCCAGUCUGAAAGAGACAUCCCUGGCUAAUAAAGAGAUGAAUAAUGAUUACUGAAGAUUUUUUAACCAAAACAAACAAAUAUAUAUAUAUAUAUAUAUAUCACUCUUACAACUGUUUAGUUAACAUAACUUGCUAGAGUGUUGGACCCAUCGAGUGCCAUAAUCAUCGAAAAAAAAUCAAGUAAUGUUCAUGCAAGAUAUUCAUAGGCAGCGAAGACAAUAAAUGAAGUCUACAUUAUCUCAUAUUUUUCAUGUUUUACAUUCUGAAUUACGUAUACUAAAUAACGAUAAUCUGUCUGUAACAAAAUUGAACCAAAUCAAGAAAUCUGCAUAUCUUUUUGUUUCACAUAGCCUACUUAACGAUGCACAAUCAUAUCGAAAUGACGUGUAUUGGAUAUAUUUACGUAGACAUAGAGUCAUCGAAAAACAAACAUUAAACGAAAAAUUAUUAUGAUAUAAAAAAUGAAAACGAGGCUCGUGAUUAUAUCUUCAUUUGUCGUUUUUUUUUUUUUUUAAACGAAGCUUGUGUUUAUAUGUUUAUUUGUCGUUUUUGUAAUGGACUUAAAGUCGUCGGUCCACUGGUUGUUUACUUACAGACAUAUACAUUCCGGUAAAAUAAUCACCAAACAUUCAAUUCAAUAAGGCAUUUCAAAAGAACCAUCUAUAAACGUGAUUGCGGAUACAGGUCUGUAAAAAGCAAGAAUAAAGAUAGUAUAAAAACUAA